AGAUUUUUUUUAGAGAUAUCCACUUUCACUUUUCGUCUUACAGAACAGUUUCUUCAGGGUUCAUCGAGAGAAACUAGUUUCCACUGCUGAGGAAAACAUACAAUGCUUAAGCAAUUCCCUGAAGAAGUCUUAAAUUUGUGGAACAAUUGGGAGAUUCGAGGAAUGGUUUUGCUUAGUCUCUUACUACAAACCAUCCUCAUCGUAUUUGGUUCUCGACGUAAGACCAUUGCCAGAAACUGGAUCAGGAUUCUCGUUUGGUCUGCAUACCUAUCAGCAGACAUGGUGGCAACUGUUGCCCUGGGUAAUCUAGCCAAGAGCCAAGGAGAUUCAUCAGGUGACGGUUCUAAAAAAGCAAACAAUUCCAUCCAGGCAUUUUGGGCACCUUUUCUACUCCUGCACCUUGGAGGCCCGGACACAAUCACUGCAUACUCGAUUGAAGAUAACGAGUUGUGGUUAAGGCACUUACUUGGUCUUGUAGUCCAAGUCGGAGUGGCUUUCUAUGUCUUCUCAAAGUCUUGGCCUAGCGGUAUCCUCGCAUUCAUAGCGAUUCCACUGUUCAUUGUUGGCAUUGUAAAGUACGCAGAGAGGACUUGGGUGCUCUGGUCUUCAUGCUCCAAGAGUUUGAAAAACUCUAAUCUCUUUGAUUUUUGGCGUUCUUAUCAUCUGAAGAGAAUAAAAGAAAUUGGUCUACGAGCUCUGCAGGGAAACUAUCUUCGUCAAGCUUAUAUUUUUUCUUAUAUAUCCAGGUCUAUGAUGCAGGAUCUUGUCCCUAGCCUUGUGGAUCUAAUGCUCAGCCAGUUGCUUAUGUCCAAAUAUUCCGCUGGCGGUGCCUUCAAGGUGGUAGAGAAUGAGCUUGGAUUAAUAUAUGAUAUGCUUUAUACUAAAGCGCCCCUGAUUUACUCUCGUGCCGGGAUCAUUCUUCGCUCUAUCAGCUUUCUGCUCACUUUCACUGCGUUUAUUACCUUCGAAGUCAAGACUGAGAAGCAUGCCUACUCAACGAUCGACUUUACAAUCACGUAUUUAUUGUUUGUUGCCGCUGUUUUUCUCGAGUUUUAUGCUUUUUUAUGCCUUGUUUUGUCUGACUGGACACUGAUUUGGUUGACUGCUGAAGGAGGGAACGCCCUGACUAGUGCUCUUUAUUCUCUGAUAAGGAAGUUAACUAGAAGCGAGAGGUGGUCGAGAUCCAUAUCACAGUAUAACCUGAUAAGCUCUUCCAUUGAAAGCAAGCCACCUAAAUGCUUGGAAUUUCUGGGAAUCGAUGAAAUGAUGAGGCAGAUGAAUGUGAAUCGGAAAGAGAUGAAUGGUGGACUGCAAGGUUUUAUUUUCGGACACCUCCAAAAGAACUCUCUGAAGAUUAAGGAAAAUUUCAAUUUCAUUGAUAAGAAUUUCAGAAGAAAAAUAAUUGGUCAGAGAGGAGAUGGCGUGCUGGAAAGAGAGGGACUGUUACAGGACUUGAAGUGGAGCACAACUGAAGUGGAAUUCAGUCGAAGCAUUCUUGUCUGGCAUCUCGCAACAGAGAUUUGUUAUUGUGUUGAUAAAGAUGCAAACAAUGUCCCCUCAGAAUAUGAAACAAGCAGAUGCCUAUCUGAAUACAUGAUGUAUCUUUCGGUGAUGAGACCAGAUACACUCUCCCAAGGAUUCGGUGAUGAGGGAUAUCUACAUUCCUUGCGAGACUUGGAUAGCAUAAGCAAGGGGGAAGCUCCCACUAAAAGCCCGGCGGCGACAAGCAGGGAGGAAGUUGUAGAUGCAAUUCUGUUCUACUAUGAAUCAUAUGUUAUUGAUGAUAUACGGUUUCAAUUUCGCUGGAAAGAAACCAAGUCAGCGGUAGCUGGUGGGGAUAGGCUCGCCAAGCAAUUGCGUUUGCUGGGAUUUAAGAAGCGAUGGGAGAUAAUCGAAGAAGUUUGGAUGGAAAUGCUUGCUUAUGCAGCAGCUCAUUGUCCAUGGAAAGAACACGCUCAACAACUGAGAAGAGGUGGAGAGUUGCUCACCCAUGUCUGCUUUCUCAUGCUACAUCUUGGUUUGAGCGAACAGUAUGAAUACAAUUCAUUAAAAGACGACAUGCGUGGUCAUGAUCUGGAAUUGCCAUGGGAGGAAGAAGAAUAUCGUGAGGCCAUUGAUAGAUAUUUGAGAGGUAAUGCAGACAUGUCACUGUCAAGUUCCAAUGAGGAGGUGAAAGAACUGAAAAGGAUGGUAGCAUAUAAAGACGAAGAGCUUGAGCGUAAAGAGCGAGAGCUUGAGCAGUUGAGGUCUUUUUUAGUUGCAUCAACUCCAUAGCAUGGGAUUCAUGCUCUUUAAGGAAGCUCACCAGCAUGCACAAACUGAUGAUCAAGGGAUUAUUCAAUCUUUAUCAAAUAAUAAGAUGAGUUGAGUCUUCAAAUAAGAGUACUAUGUUGUAUCCGUAUAUAGUCAGAAAAAACAUGAGCAAAACAUUUGUGUUUAUCAAUUGAAGAAUAAAAAUACUAAUUUAUUAAUA